AUGAUUGUCGCAUGUGUCAAUUUAAGUGACGAUAUUGGUCGUAUUUGGUGUAUCCGACAUAAAUUUCAUCUUGUUGUAACGAACGGUCUUUGUUUAUGGGGUAAAAGCAAGAAAGAUAGAGAUGAUAAUUCUGAUAGUGAUGCUCUCAAUAAUGCUGUCAGAGCAAUACCAACAGAAGAUUUAAGUGAUGAUUUAACAACACUAGCUGCAACUGCUGCAGUGAUGGCAACUGCCACAUCAGCAGCAGGAAUAAUUAACGAUCAGCAACCUGAUGUUGAUACAGCAAGUGAGGAUGAAUCGGGCUUGGAAGAUGAUAUUGAUGAUAGUGCUGUUGCAGCAAAUGAUAUAGCGAAUGAUAACAAUUGGGCAUUGGAUGUAAUUGAUGCGGAUAGUGAAAUGGCUCAAUAA